GGCUCCCGUACAGACCGUCAACAUCGGCUUUCUCUCCUCACCUGUCUGUCUCUCUCUCUCUCCUCAUCAACUCUGUGUGAGUGACGUGAACAAUUCAGUAUUUUCUGAAUUCAGUUCAUAAAUAUUAUUUUAAACCGUUAAAGUAUGUUGACUGACGAGUCCAUCAAUGUAUUGAUUGAUUGAUGUAUUGAUUGAUUAAUUGAUGUAUUGAUUGACUUCCAGGUGAACCGGUUGGGGAUCGUUGCUGUCAGUAACAGCCUGUCUGAUGACAUCAGCUGUGUGGCAGCAGACAGGAUGUUGGUGUUCGCCGCCGCCGGGCGACUCAUCAGCGCCUUCGCCCGCAACAAGGAGGUGGUGAUGCGUUACCAUGGACACAAACAGGAAGUGCGUCUGCUGCUUCCUCUGGGUGAUCAGCUGAUCUCGGCUGAUGGCUGCGGUGAUGUCAUCGUGUGGGAUGUUCAGGAAGGAGACAUCUACCUGCGGCUGCAGUUCGACUCCGCCACCUUCGAUGUGUCGGCCAUGAUGCACCCCAGCACCUACCUGAACAAGGUGCUGCUGGGAAGCUCCCAGGGUGCACUGCAGCUCUGGAACAUCAAGACCAGGUGAGCAUGUUAGCAUCCGGGCUAACGGCUCUCUCAGCUUUUAUUGUGAAACACCUGAAGGGUAAAAAAUUAAAAAACGGUAAUAGUACUACAGUUGUACUCUCAACUGUACUGUACAGUAGUACAGUGGUGGUAGUACUCUUAAGACUCGUGGCAGUAUAUACAGUAGUAGCAUUAUCAUAUAAAGUAGAAGACUAGCAGAAGUAGUAUUUGCAGUAGUACUAUCAGAGGUGUCAGUGUUACUGUUGUAGAAGUACUCAGUGUUAGUAUCAGUACUCUCAGUAGUACCUCUCUUUCUCCAGCUCCUCCAGGAAUUUAAUGUGUAUUAGUACAACAAGACAGUGGUGGGCCUUCAAAGCCUUCUCUGCUGGCCUAAACAGAAUCAUAAAGUUAUAUUUAUUUUA